AUGGCAAAAAAUAAAUCAAGCUUAUGGUUUUUGUUUUAUUUGAUUGCCUGCACGAAUUGUUUAGUUGACUACGACACGGACUCCGGAAGAAGAUUUUUCAUCUGGUCACUAUGCAUUGGAGCAUCCAAUCCGCAACAAUGUGUUGAAACCGAAUUCUACGGCCAAAUGAUACUGGCAACAUUCGAGGCUGAUUGCAGUGAUUUAGUAUUUAAAGGAAAAUGCCGUGUUGUGAUAGAUGUCGAUGAUGGAUACACACUAUUGGGCAUUACAUUCAAAUCAGAAGCUGGAAUUGAAGCUAUUACCAAAAAUGGAAAGACUAUAUUGAAUGCUCAGAAAUUAGCAAAGUUUGGCGAAUAUGGUAAAGUUAUGACAGAUCUGCUUGUUGCAUUUGGAAGGUUAUGGAAUAGUGGAAUGGGGGCCUAUCUCAAACAAUUAUGGGUGGAGUAUUGCGAUCUUUAUAUUUCAUUCAGUGGAUUUUCCAUGGGUGCUUGUUUAGCUCAAAUGGCCGCAGUUCGAUUCAAGGAAGAACAAUGGUGGCCGGCAGAUCAAAUGUUUUACUUUGGAUUUGGAGCUCCUAGAUGUGGAAACGAGGAUUUUGCUUAUUAUGUAGAUCAGAGUGUAGAGGACAAGUUCAACAUUAAUUGGAUGUUAGAUCCAUUCCCAUUGUAUCCGGAAACAACUUGUGCUACAGGAUCGCCUGCUGCCCUUGGACAGUGUACAACUGAAUAUUUUCAUUGCUGUACUACAAUCCAUUACACAUCAUAUUCUAGUACUGCGCUGAGUACUUAUCAAACAUGCGGUUCGAAUGAAUGUCUUCCAACGAGCACAAAUAAUGCGGACCAUUGGACAUACUUCCAAACGACUGCACAGGAUGUUGACUCACUGACGUGCACAACAACCAAGAAAUUUCCUUGA